AUGCCAUACUCUCAAAAAGGCAAAUGCCUAUCACCGAAAGUGGUGCACCUGAAGGAAGUGGGCCCGAAGGAACCAACCGUGUUGAAUAUUUUCACAAUGUACACCGCGAAUCCUUUGGCCAAAUUGUCAGCAACGAUCAUCAGCGAAGAAGAGUUGCAAGGAUUGGCAGUCGACGAUUUAACGAAGAAUUUGUGGGACGGCCUGGAUAAUUUCCAAAUGGAUACCGGCAACGAGAUCGGUUCCAUCCAUCGUCUGGGUUAUAUUUUCGAGAAGCUCAAAACGGGAGCAGGGCUUGCAGCGAUUUUCGAUUCCGCCAAGAUCUUCUGCGGAGCCGGCGAUUUUGCUACUCUUCUGGUGAAGCUUCAAGGCUGCUCAACUGAUGAUGACAUGCAGGUUUUCGUCGUCCGCUUGGCAGAUGGUCGGCUCCUCGUCAACCUGGAAGACAAAUUUGACUACACAAUGACCGGCUCCGAGGAAAAUAAGAAGAAGUGGAGCGAGCGGCACUGCGCCGGCCGCAACUUUGAGAAGUACACGUCGAUAGAAUGGCAUGCCGGAAGAAAAGCGCAACCUUCGAAAGCAAGCGCAAAGUGCGAAACUUCGGAGCAAGAGUGUGAAAGCGCGGCCAUGAAAUAUCUCUAUUACGUUGACGUGGUGCAUGCGAAGCCGGGUGGGACACCGAUUCUACUCUCCAGUCAGGUCGACCACAUUGGGCGCGACGGACACAGCCCAAUUGAAGUGAAGUCGACCGGCGAUUCCAAGUUGGAAGGCAAAAAGCUUCUCAGAUGGCCAAUCCGCUACGGGGCGACGGGGGCGCAGCUUUGCGUGGGAUAUCACGAUGGGACAGGCAUCCUGGAAAAGGUCGAGCUCAUCGACCCAAUGGAGAAGAUCCCACGAGAGGUUCCACCACCACCAAAAGAAAAAGAUAAAAAGGAGUUCGAAGAGGUGACCAGCAAGAAAACGAUGAGCCUGGUAAAGAAUAAAACGAAAAUUGCAGAAAACUUCCGCGGAGCGCGCGAGAAGGGUGACGAAUUCUUCCAAAAGCUUCUUCGCAAAACUUCUUCUGCUGAGCCGUUCUGGCAGAUCACCAUCAAGAAUUCUAGCACGCCACUCACGGAAAAGCGUCUAGCGAGCAUCUCGGACGUUGCACGCGGCAUCCUUCCCAAAGACGAACACGCGGAUGGGAGGGAAAGGCUUAAGCAUCUGUUCAAUGAGGUUCUUCAACACAACAACGCUCCCGCGGCCCCGAAAGGCGCGCCCUCAAUGUCGAAAACUAUGACGCCGAUCACUUCGUCCAUUCAA